UAUAAAGGGCCUCUUCUUCUCCUCAGCAUAGCAUUCCACAACUACCAUCAAGACACUGUCCUCACAGUCGAACAUCAUCCUUCAAGUCACAAAAUGAGAUACAUCCAAUCCCUCCUAGCCAUGACUGGCAUUAUUGCCUCGGCUGCAUCCACCACCUCCUUCCCCUCCAACUUUACCCUGAUCUCCACCCUCGACAAUACAGCACUGACUACCGAUGGCUGGGGCAUCUACGACAGCGCCGCCGAGACCACCACCACAUUAGCACUGUCCCCCUACACAGGCGGCACACUCAGCUGGGGCUCCAAGCAUCAGGCACUCACCGUGGUGGCCGAUGAAACCUCAAUCGCUUGGAUCAUCCAGAUCGGGUCGGAGCCUGUGGCCAUUGACACUGUCACGGGGUGGGAGCUCUCGGAUGAUGGGUACUUGACGUUGAAUGGGGAGCAGCUGUGGGCAUUUAAUGAGAGUGCGCCAGCGCCAAGAAGGUUGUAUUGGGUCGGUGCAGGCGAGAGGGAGGGAUUGGUCAGUACUCAGCUACUUGUGCAGAGUGUGGUGUGAAGAAUUCGACUGGAGUGUGGAGGUUUACAUUGGGAGAGAUAAGCCAAUACUACUUACUAGCUCCCGCCCCCAUCAGGGAAACUAGAUACGAGAUGAAUGUGA